AUGCAGAUCUUUCGCACUCUCACCGCUGUACUCCUCGCCAAUACCGCUUUCGCACUGGUACCCGUUGGUCAUACUCCCUCUGGCAAACCAAUCUUCAAUGCGCCGCCUGGCUCGCGCGUCCAGCAAAUCGGCAGAGACUUCCAUCUCUUUGCGCGCAACGGAACCCUCAUUCACACUUUUCUCCACAAAAAAGCGACGAGGCUCGCUCGACAAUCAGACGAUACGAGUCUACGAACGUCUCAGGCCAUUGUGACAGUGGGCCCAAACGACACAAUAGCGUGGGUGAACGCCUCGGUAGUGGUCCCUCCCCCCGCUGCGACAUACGAAAGCCAAAUCAUCUUUGUUGGCCCGGGACUCCAACAGCUCGACGCGAACGGCACGGCCAUCACACUCUUGCAGCCUGCGUUGCAGUAUGGCGCCAGUUUUGCCCAAGGCGGUCCCUUUUGGACCGCUGUGUUGCUCAUUGAAGAACCUCCCACCGAAGGAUUUGGCUUCAUUCUGACCGUCGGGUUGGACCCCCGCGUCAACACUGGCGACCGCGUUUCAAUGGCGAUCGGCCCCGACCCAGCGACGGACCUGCCGAAACCGUUCAUCUGGUAUCAAGCCCUUUUCCCGAGCAUACCAAACCUGAUUCCGUUCGAACUUGGAUUCAACCCCGAUUUACCUCCCACGCAGGCGGUGAUAAGUCUCGAGGAAGAGGGGGCUUUCGCAGCCAGCGAUUACCCCAGCGAGCCUGUCGUCUUCGAGAAUGUCAAUCUGACGCUGACCACCGGCUUUCCUGAAGUUUCAUGGAAUACGGGCGUCAAUGGUGCCCCUGGGGUCUCGUUCACGGUCGAGAAGGAUGGGUCGCAGAAUGCUCGUAUUUCUCUCAGUUUCCCGCAGAGUAGUUAG